AUGUUGAAGUGUAAUGUACUAAUUUACUUCUUUGCCGUUUACUUGCUCCCGGAGAUAUCAAGCAAGUUUUUCGAAAAACUUAUUCCACCAAAACUGCAUAUAAGUAGACAUCCUAUAAAAAAGAGUCUCAAGGAUGGAAAGGAGAACCCAAAUAAAAGUCUUGACAAAUUGGAAAAGUCCAUAAUGAAAAAUAUAGACUCGAUUAAUGUUAUGUUUGAUCCGAAGGCCCUGAAGUUUGUUCCCUCGAGAUCAAAAAAGCCCCAUAUAUUGGGAGGUUUAAGUCAAAAUAGUUCAGAUCCAUCAGAUGUCGAGAAAAGCAAAUACGAAAAAGCUGUACGUUAUCUUCAAAAGUUAAACAACGAGAUGAUAAUUUUUUCAACAAAAAUUAAUCGUGAGUUAGAAAGAUACAACUAUAGCAGCCUCAAUAACUUUAUCCGUGCAUCGGCUUUACUCAAGGAAAGCUUAGCUACUAUGCACUCCCUCGAUGUGAUAAGGAAUGAUCAACCCCUUGUUUUUUCAAAGUAUACCCUCGACUGGUACACUAAUGCAUCCUUAAAGGAAAAAUACCAGACGGAAAAAAACAUUGAAAGAGCUCUUAAUAAUCUUUUCGUUAAGGAAGUUAAGAAGAAAAAAAAUGUCAAGGCUAGGAUUAUAGAUGAAAACAUUAAACAACUCGAAACGGACCUUCUAGUGCAGCGAUUAGUCAAUGAUAGUAUCCAUGUAACCAAGUUGUUAAAGGAGCAUAAUGGGGGUUCUACUAAUUACAUGUCUCCCAUGCACUCGGAUGUGUGCGGGCAGCUAGGAAACGUACUAGUGAGUUUCAUGUUCGAAAAGGUAUACAAAAAGUCAAUAAACAAUGAUUUGGGGUAUUUCAAAAAAUUUCUUCCACGUUUGAAGUUCAGAAUAAAUAGUAUGGUUCACAAUGGUACACUUAUACUCCUGGAGAAAGAACUAGAUGAAGCCUUGCAUUCUUUUAAGCUAAAGACGGCAGAACUGAUGGAAAAGAAAUUUGGCUUCGUAGACAUGUGCUCACAUAAGUGCGUGGAUGCCACUGUAAAUGCGCCUUACUAUUUGGACGAGUACAAAGGAAAGUUCAAGGAAUCAGACACACUUCAAAGGAGAGCAGAUCUGAUAAAAAUUAUUAUGUAUUAUUAUCGAGAUAAACUUUACAAUAUAGAAACAGCAUCAGAUUUAAUUUUAAUUAUGUUACUAUACUUAAACUCUGCUACUGAAUUGACUGAGAAGGGUUUCAUUGAUAUCAGCUCGAUUAGCACUUCUGAUAAGUUUAACUUACUAAAUACAACCAUAGACAGGAAAAAGAAAAAGAAGAAUGUAAAAAAAAACAAAAAACAAAAUUUUUUAAAGAUUGCUCCAUUUAAUUUUUUCCGUGAAGAACCUGAAGAGAGAUCGGGAAAUGAAGCAAUCUUUGCAAUUGAUGAUAUUAUAAAAACUUGUUUACUGGCAAAAACAUCGCAAAAUUUUAAUUACUUGUUUGAGAUGACAAAAGAACUGUGGAAUAAUAUUCAGAAUAUUUACUCAGCUUCUUAUGGUUUCGUUUCCUCGAGAAGGAUAAAAACAAAACGAUUUGUUACGUCCAAAAUUAGAAAUGUAGGUUUUAUAUUUAGAUGGUUCAACUAUAACAAAAAGGCAUCAACAAAUACGAAUUUCUUAGUGCACAACUUUUCCCCUCUCAUUUCUAUAAAUCUGCAGCUAACCUUCUUCAUAAGAACGAUGAUCGAACAGUAUGAAUCUAGCUUUCUAAGCAAUUUUUCAUCAAAUCUGAAGAAAAUAUUUACUCUAGGAAAAAGCUCAGCUCACCCAAGGAAUUACAACGACUUAGUAAAUUUUUCAGAGACAGAUUAUUUGUUAAGAUAUUCAAAAGCAGACAAAGUACAACGAAUAAUAAGUCAGUUAGUUAAAAUGUUAAAGAAGAAAUUUUUAUCAAUCCCAUAUACACCUACACUCCUUGCUCAGUAUAUAUCUUUAUUUCUUUCCUUGUGGGUAUUUGAAAAUGAAGAAUACAUUUCAUUACAAAAUCCGAACGUAUCAAGAUUUAAAAAAUUGUUUUUCCUAUCCUACUUCAUCCACAACUCGGGUCCUUUGGAAAAAGCUGUUGAAAUAAUUUACGAUAGAUGCAAAAGGAAGACUAGUGAAAUCGUACUAGGAUGUAUAGACGAUUACGGAGGAAUAAGGAAAAAAAAAUUUUUGGGUAUAAUAAAUAGAAAAUGUAAAGCAACACGUAUUCCUAUAAGAAAACCUAGUAUACGUAAAGUAUUAAAGGUACUUAUGCCCUCCUUAAGUGAUCCCCUAGAUAUUAUAAAAAUUGCUGUUGACACAGCUACGAGAUGUGAGUAUUUCAGUCGAGGUGCUAUUGCACACAAUAAUACAAAGAAACAAAAUAAAAUUAAUUAUGAUGUUUUUGUAAAAUCGGAGCUGUCCCUUCGUUAUAUAUGCGCAAACGUUACGAAAAACAUUGUUAAGAAGAUAAUAAAAGAUGUAUCUCGUCUUAAGAACAUGAGUGAAUCGCAAAAUUUAAUUCAAGAAACUCUAAACAGUUUACAGUAUUUAAAAAUUAGGAAUUAUAUGGACAAAGAAAGUAGCAUUAGUAUUUUUUGUCCAUUUAUGGAAGGAAAUGACAAACAGAUCAGAGAUUUGGAAAGAGAUCAAAUUAGUUUCUUUGUCCACAAAAAUGUGGGUUUACUCAAAAUUUUGAAGGGUAAAAUUAUGAACGUCUUCAAAAAGUCGAUAACUACUAGAGAAGGGAUAAAGCCAGACAGUGCCAUUUCGCUGAAAGUUGGCGGUAAUUUUAUAAAACAUGAAAAAAUAAAAUAUAAAAAACAAAAAGAUAAAAUGAUAAAUAAUAAAUAUAUUAACGACAAGUUCAUUUUGGAGCUACUGACAAAGGACUUCAGCGAUACGCUUCAUAUAGGACUAUCAAAAAAUAGAAAAGUGUACAAUGGAAGGGAGUUCGUUGAUGAGCUAGAGAUACUAAGACCAUUUGAUGUCAAGCGGAUUGUAAUGAAAGGAGUGGAUGAAGAAAAUGAAAGAUUUUAUGUCCUUUCCGACAAUACCCAGAUAUCCGAGUUUGACUAUGCCAUUGUGAACCCGAGUGGUAAUUCUAGCCAUAAAAACAUGUUUAUAAAAACAAUCACUAACAUAGUUAUUUACGAUGGAAACAAUUACAUUUCUGCCUUUGCCCUUCGAGAUAUGGGAUUGCAAAAUGAAAGGAUUGUUUGGGCUGGAUACAGUGUUGGAUGGGUAGCAGAAUUUGCCCUGAGCUCCAUUUCGGAAAAACCACUCCCCAUUUUUGACGGUUAUGCAUGGGUACUACUCGAGAAACUAAGCAUCAAGAGUAUAUUAGGAGAUUUCCUACCGAGGGAUGUGGAUGGAAAUUUGUUAGCGAACACCGUUAAUUUUAUUAUUCUAAACAAAGAUGGAAAACAAAUACUGAAAAACACGACGCCCGUCAUAAACCUAAAACAUGCAACGUUCACGUUGAACGGGAUAUUGAAUUUUGUUACAAAAGCCGAAAAAGGAAAAGGCAAUGAGAUUAUUGUUCACACAAGAAUACCUUAA